AGAGGAUAGGUCUCUUGGAAGGCUUGUAAAUGACGAUAAUGUAAACCCCAAUGCCAAGAUGAAGUACCUAAACAUCCAAGGGAAGCCCCAUCUGUGUUUGUUUGCAGCACGAGACAUCAGUCAAGGAGAGGAGAUCACCUAUAAUUAUGGUGACUCUGACUGGCCAUGGCGAUGCAAGAUGAUCACUGCGAAUGAGCUGAUGGAGUCUGCUGCAAGUGACGAGGCCAACAAGAUUGAGACCUCUGUGGAUGGCCUGAGUCCAACAUGUCCACAACAUAGUCCCCCCAAAAGGGUUGAAAAGAUGAUCACUGCGAAUGAGCUGAUGGAGUCUGCUGCAAGUGACGAGGCCAACAAGAUUGAGACCUCUGUGGAUGGCCUGAGUCCAACAUGUCCACAACAUAGUCCCCCCAAAAGGGUUGAAAAGAUGAUCACUGCGAAUGAGCUGAUGGAGUCUGCUGCAAGUGACGAGGCCAACAAGAUUGAGACCUCUGCGGAUGGCCUGAGUCCAACAUGUCCACAACAUAGUCCCCCCAAAAGGGUUGAAAAGAUGAUCACUGCGAAUGAGCUGAUGGAGUCUGCUGCGAGUGACAAGGCCAACAAGAUUGAGACCUCUGUGGAUGGCCUGAGUCCAACAUGUCCACAACAUGGUCCCCCCAAAAGGGUUGAAAAGUGUCUAAAGCAUCACCUGGUGUCCGCAACAAUAUCCUCUUUGGACAAAUGUGUCCAAUGUGUGGGACCUGUAUCCUCCUUCAAGUGGGUUGGCUAUGAAUGCAGAGUUUGUUCAGGAGUCUGGCAUAAAUCCUGCCUCAGGAAAAUGACGAAUGAUAACCAAGACCCAUCACAGUUUCUCGAUCAAAUAUCUGAUGAUGAUGACGAUGAUGACAACGACGAGUGUGUGUCGAGUGAGGAAUACAUACCAGACUCGGAAACCCAUGAUGAGGAUGAUGAUUCAGAUGCAAGCAUCCCCAUUACCCCAAGUCAGUUGAAAGCCGGAUGGAUUAAAGUAAAACCAGUGCUACCUGAUGUUGGAACAGCCCAUGGGUCAGACAAAAGCAUCCCAGUUCUGUCCAGUUCAUCAAAAGGUUGCCCAUCUGCUGCUGAAACAUUGAAUUCUCCCAAAGACUUGACAAAGGAAAAGUGUGAAGUUGAGCUUAAACAAGUAAACAAUCUGACCAUGACCAAAAAGAAUUACUGUUAUGUUUGUGGUAAGCCACAAAGCAAAAUUUCCCGCCAUUUGAAAACACACAAGACGGAUGCUGAAAUUGUAAAAGCAUUUUCCCUCCCUGAGCACUCAAAAGAGCGCAAGAUUUUGGUAGAAAAGAUGAGGAAUAAGGGAAAUUUUAGACACAACACUGCAGUUUUAAAAGAUGGAACAGGGCCACUGAAAGUGAAAAGAAAACCAAAGGCUAAAGCACUCGCUGGAAAGUUUAUUCACUGUAUGUACUGUCAGGGCAUGUACAUUCGUAAGGAACUUUGGAGACAUGCCCGCAGAUGCCCCUUUAAGCCAGAAAACACUGAACUGAAUAGAGAACCUGGGAGAACAAAAGUACUGGCUUUGGCUGAAGCUCAAAAAAAUGCAUUCUGUCAGCAGAUCUCAAGCGGAGUGUGGAAGAUCCUUAGUGUCAUGAAACAGGAUGAGGUUGCCUCUGUUGUGCGAAAUGACCUCUCCAUUAUUAAUUUAGCUCAGUCACUCUACAACAAACAUGGACAAGACCCUACUAAGUACGAGUACAUACGACAGAAGCUCCGUGAAGUGGGGCGUUUGUUGCUAUGUCUGCGUACAGACUUCUCUGUGCAUAACCUAGAGGAGGCUGUUAAACCUGCUAACUUCCAGAGGGUUGUGCAAGCUGUAAAGAGAGUUUCCGGUUUUGAUGAAGAAAAACACUCGUAUGCAACACCAAGCCUCGCUCUGAAAUUGGGUCAUACACUUCAGAAAAUUUGUGACAUUGUUCAUUGUAGGGCCCUCAUGGCCGAAGAUGAGGACCUGAUCAAGUCCACUGACAUGUUCAAGAAGCUCUACACCACCAAGUGGUCUGAGGUGGUGUCUCACGGUGCCCUGAACACAUUGAGUGAUGCAAAAUAUAACAAGCCAUCAACAUUACCCUUCACAGAAGAUGUUCAGAUCCUUCAUCGGCACCUUGAGAACUCUGCAGAAACUGCCUUUCGCAACUUGGAGGAGGCCAGUACUCAGAACUACGCACAACUUGCAAAGUGUACACUUGCACAAAUCAUUGUGUUCAAUCGAAGACGUGCUGGGGAGGUUUCAAAAAUGCGCCUCAAAAGUUUCCAUGAAAGAGACAAUACGAAGCUUCAUGAAGAUGUUGCAAUGGGGUUGUCGAAGACUGAACAGAGACUCUGCAACUAUUUCAGCCGAAUCGAAAUAAUGGGGAAAAGGGGCAGAAAGGUUGCAGUUCUGCUCACACCAAGCAUGGUGGAGGCUCUGUCACUCCUUACCAGCAAAAGAAUGGAUUGUGGUGUUUGUGCCACAAAUGUCUUCCUGUUCGCCAUACCCAACUCGAUGAGCCACUACAGAGGACAGGACUGUUUGCGUGUUCAUGCAAGCGAGUGUGGAGCAAAGCACCCCGAGUACCUCAGGUCGACACAGCUCAGGAAACAUGUCGCCACACUCUCUCAAGUCCUUAAUUUGAAAAACAACGAACUUGAUCAAGUUGCAGAUUUCCUGGGUCACGACAUCCGUGUUCACCGGGAUUUCUACAGAUUACCAGUUCCCACAACACAACUGGCAAAGAUUUCCAAAUUGCUUUUAUCGAUGGAGAAAGGGAAUCUUUCCACCAUGCAGGGGAAAUCACUGGACGAAAUUGAAGUGGAAGAUGAAAUUGCAUUAAGCGACGCUGAAGAAAAGGACAGUGGGAGUGAAUCAGAUGACGGUUGCACAGCAGGCAGAGGAUCAGAGGGUGGGACUAGCGAGCCUGUAAAUGCUGCAUCCGACUCUACAAAGCAGGUCCAUGGCUUUGACGAUGCAGCAGGAACCGUGUCGUCCACAGUAAAUGAGAGCUACCCUCUCUCUGAAGGAAAAGAUGCUGGGUCCAGAAGAGGGACAAAGAGAGCGUGGUCUAAAUGUGAGGUUCAAGCGGUAAUGCGGCACUUCAAAGACCAUAUUCGUAAAGGUCACUUGGCCACCAAGAACGAAUGCAGUCACUGCAAGUUGGUUGAAGGACCCGUCUUGGAACAAAGAACUGUGCAAAAUGUCAGAGACUUCGUCCGGAAUCGGGGAACAGCUGAAAAAAGACGGUCCCAGCUGUAAACAAACAAGCGUUUUUGUUAUUUGUUCUACAUCCUUUUUUGUCUUAUCUGUUGAUUAGGUAAAUUUCCAUGGUGCGAUGAAAAAAUGUUAUGUAUGUCCUGCCCAUCGCUCUGUCGUUCUCUUCGGUUGUUUGGUAAACAGGACUUGUUUUUCCAAAAGCACUAGUCUUUUGUAAACAAUUGUUUCAUAAAAUAGUUUACAAAACCACUGUAGUCUGGUUGCUUGUGUCCUGAGUGGGACAGUAAUAAAAAAAUCGCCCCAGCUCAUUGUUGUGUUUUUCAUGUUAAGUGAAACCCAGGUUGUAGGGGCUGAUCUCCCUCUGCAUAGAUGGAUCAUUAGAUAAUAUAGAUAGAUUUCUACACAUACUGUCUCAGUUUGAGGGGCUAAAUUUGUAUGCCACUAAUUUGGCCAUCCUUUAACAAUAUUUUUUUAUAUUAAAUUGAUGGUUCCAGUAAUGCUGUGUCCAGUCUGUGUGUAUUUAUGUUAAUGAGGAGGGCGGGAUCAUUGUCCCUUUAAAGACCCAAUAGUGUUUUCUUGGUCCUUAUAAGUCAUACUUUUGUCAAAAUAAAAAUGUCUACCUAUACCACAGUAUAAUUAGGUUGCUGUGUAUGAGGUUGUGUAGGGUGUAUCUGAAAUCUAAAGUGAGCUGAUUUUUUUUCAGAUUUUUUGAAGUGUUUUAACCUAACUGCCAAAGCUGAAGGACCUCAGGAAAGGGUAGUCCAUCUAAACCACACCCGGGCCUGUAUGGCGAAAAAGUCCACCUAAUACAUAUCUACCUGUAUGUGUGUGUGUGUGUGUGUGUGUGUGUGUGUGUGUGUGUGUGUG